AUGGAAGAACAUUAUCAUACAUCUAUCGUCAACAGCAAGCAUCCUUAUACUAUUAUGGAUCCUGAUACAUACGGUGGUUCAGUUAAUACUGUACCUAUUUUAUCAUCAUCAUCACAUACAAUUAAUACUGAAACACGUUCAUCAUCUCGUCGUCAUCAUCAUCAUAAAAAACGUUCGAAUGAUGGAGCAAUAUCAGCACCUAUAACAUCAACAGAUAGUCAAGAUGAACGUAUUGAAGUUAAAAUACUUCCACAAGAUGAUAAUUGGGGUGAAACAACAACUAUAACAUGUAAUGGUGGUAAUGAAGAUACUUUAACAAAUAAUAAUGAUACAAGUUUACAACUUCAUGAUAAUCAUAAUGAUCAUUUGCAACCGUUAUCACAUAAUCUAAAUCGACGUAAAUUAUCUCUCUCAAUAACUCAAUUUACUAUUUAUUUACUUUGUUUAAUUGCAUUCAUUUCACCUAUAUUCUUUCUUACUUUACCAUAUGCAUUAGUAUCAUCAGAUUUAAUAUAUAUUGAUGAUUAUUCACCAAUACUAACAAUUAUUUUUAAACUUAUUUUUUUACUAUUUGGUACAUUUCUAUUACUUUAUCGACGUCGAAAUAUAACAUAUUUACCACGUAUACAUUUACAAAAGACAUGUCUACUUCUUAUUCUAUUGUUUAUUAUUGUUGUCUAUUGGUUUUAUUAUGUAUUUAAAAUCUUACAACCAAAAAUCGAUAAAUAUGAACGAAUUUUAUCUAUGACAUCGACAUAUGAAGAUUUACUAUUGUUCAUAUUGAUUUUAUCAGUUCUUAUCUUAGAAAUCAAAUGGUUAUAUCCAAAAUGGAUUGUUAAAGUUGUACGAUCACCUGAUGGUCAAACAAGACAAUAUACAAUAGGAUCAAUGUCAAUUCAAGAAGCAAGUGUUUAUCUAUUAGAACAAUAUUAUAAAGAUUUUCCUGUAUUUAAUCCAUGGUUGGAAAAUGCUCAACAACAAACACAAGGAAAACGUCAUGGAGCAUUCUCUGCUAAAUCUACUGGAUCACAAUCAAAUGCAUCGACUAUUGGUGGUGGUGGCGGUGAUCUUGCACGAUCAAUGCGUGGAUUUAAUGACAGAUUCUAUGAUGAACUUGAUUACGAACGUCGUGUACGUAAACGGCGUACAAAAUUAUUAAGUUCAUGUGAAGAUGCAUUUACACAUGUUCGAAAAUGUCUUAAUGAAAAAUAUGGUACACAUAUACCCAUGGAUGCACGUGAAGCAGCACAAGCUGUAUUUUCUUCGAUGUCACGUGCACUUCAAAAAUAUCUUCGAGUAACUCGUCAACAACCUUAUUUUACACGAGAAUCAAUUAUAACUCAUUUAGCAACAUGUUUAUCACAUGAUCUUUCACCACGAACAUUUCUUGAACGUUAUGUUCAAACAGAAUGUCAACCAUUAGCUACAUUACUUUUUCCUGCAUUAGCAUCCCUAACAAAUAAUAAUCGUGAACAAUCAUGGACACUUAUAUGUGAUCCACAAAAUUCAGCAAAUGAUGAAGAAAGAAGAGAAAGAAUAUCUAUAAAUCAAUCAAUCUAUUCAAAUUUAACAUUUGUUCUUAAACAACAACAUGCCGAACAUAUUGCUUUAAUGUGUACAUUUCAUCAAAUGCCAAAAGUGAAUUUGAUUGAAAAAUUCUUUGAUUCAAAACAUAAUAAAUUUGUUUUGAAAUUAAAUUCAGAAACAUCUGUUUAA